AUGAAUGAGUACUCCAUGUAUAUUCAACAUGAUUGGGAUGAAUGCAUCAGAUCUGUCGAAAACCGUGUUUGGAUAUCUGUCAAGCCGAGAAAUGGUCCCAGUGUACAUGGUCAUUUGCAAUGCAAAUCGCACAAGCUCAAUGGAAUACCUAUUAUACAAGGGUCGAAUGGGUUUGAAGUUGAAUCGGUAUCGUCACAUGCCAUUCAAGUAAAGCAUUUGUCAUGUCCAUCGGUCACAUUAUUAUCACCGUACAGAGUUUUCAAAGAUGUCCAUAAUGCUAGCGUGACAUCAUUGGAUGUAGUCGGUGGCCAGUGUGUGUCUGCCUCAGAUAGUGUUUUGAAGUCUUGGAGUAGCUUAGAUCACGAAAAAGAAAAAGAAGUUACAAUGACUGGACAUUAUGGUGACAUUUAUUGUUGUCGUUGGUUUCCUAGUGUAAAGGUUGUAUUAAGUAGUGGAGCCGAUUUACGGAUCAAAAUUUGGAGCUCUGAUACUGGAGAAUGCGCUGGAACACUAGUGGGGCAUACAAAAGCUGUUACUGAUUUAGCUAUUAUAGACAGAGGACGAAAUAUAAUAUCUGUUUCAAAAGAUGGAACAUCAAAAUUAUGGCAUGUUGGUAGCGGAAAAGUAAUAGACGAUCUCAUUAAGUCAAAUCCAACAACAUACAUAAAUUGUUGUUCAAUAAGUUCACCUAAAAAUUUAAAUCUGGGAGAACGAAAUAUACCUGCUUCUGACCUAGAAAUCGGCACAAAUGAUAAAUGUCUGUUAAUUGGCUGUGAAAAUGGAAUGCUUUCGUUGAUCGGAGUGUAUGCACGUAAGAUACUUGCUACAAACAACUUAGACUGCCCAGUGAAUGCUUGUCAUUUGAACGAAGGCUCACAAAUUUAUGUUGGUUGCAAUGACGGACGUGUUAUUUGGCUAGACGAACAAUUAGUUAUUAAACACUGCAUAUUUGACACCAAUUCGCCAGUCCGUUGUCUCUGUUUGUUUAAAGAACUAGUGGUUUGCGGACAUGGCGAUGGUUCGUGCGUAAUGCGGUCGGUUAACAACAAAAAAGCAUACCUGACUGGCACCAAUGCUGAACCAAUCUACGAUGUCAGUACAGAUACAAGGUUUUUGUACACUGCAUGCAGAGACGGCGUCAUCAGGAAAUAUUUGCCUGAACUCUUAUAA